CUGUGAAAGGAAAAUGUCAAAAGCUAAAACAUGUUUGAUGUGUAAACAUGGGGGCAGUGUCUUGUUGUUUGGAAAAAGGAUGACACAUUCCCUCUCUUGGGGCUUAUCAGACUGUCUCUUCUUUCGCUAGAUGGUUUUCUAUUUCCCUGCAUUGUUUUAUCACAGGGCCUCUCCAAGAUUCACUGUGCUAUUAAAAUUAUAUUUUGUUCCUACAAUGUCUGUGAUGGCCAUGAAGAGUACCUGUUCGAAUCAUUAUAGUUGGCUUGACGUUGCAGGAAUGCUUGGUUUUGGUGUGAGGAAAAGACGGUGCAAGUCAAUAGCAAGAAGACUGACUGUAGGUGUUCUGUUGACCAGUUUCAUGGUGGUAUUGCACUGCUUAUCUACCCCAGCAGUCCAACAAGUCAAUCAACAAAAGGUUACAGUGGCUCUGUCGUGUUCUCACCACUUGUCUCAAACAUGGGUCCACAAUUUGACCAACUACUCUCAAAGCAGAACAAGUCUGUCAGGGGAGUGUGUGCCCACGGUGGACAUCAUGUUCAUGAAGACCCACAAGACUGCCAGCAGCACAUUACUCAACAUCAUCUUCCGCUUUGGUGAGAAGCACGGUUUAAAGUUUGCCUUUCCUAAAGGUCGCAAUGACUUCUUCUACCCAUCCCCUUUCCUUUGCUCCCAGGUCAAAGACUACCAGCCUGGGGUAUGUUUCAACAUCUUAUGUAACCACAUGCGCUUUAAUGGGCAUGAGGUGGCAAAGCUCCUCCCAGCAGACGCUGCCUAUUUCACCAUCCUACGAGACCCGGCGGAGUUGUUUGAGUCAUCCUUCCAUUAUUACAGCCGAGCGAUUCCCUUCACCUGGGGGAUCCACGGGGAUGGCAAACUGGCUGAGUUUCUGCGUGAACCCAUGAACUACUACACCCCAGGGAGCUACAACUCAUUCUACCUCAAGAACCUGCUCUUCUUUGACUUUGGAUUUGAUAACAAUUUAGAGCCGGACCACCCUCUGGUGGAGAGGGGUAUUCAGACCUUGUCCCAACGCUUCCAGCUGGUCCUGAUGGCGGAGCAUUUUGAGGAGUCUCUCAUCCUGCUGAAAGAUACACUCUGCUGGACGAUGGAAGAUAUGCUGUUCUUCAAGCUCAAUGCCCGCAAGGACUCAUCUGUGUCACGACUGACCCCUGAGCUAAGGGCCAAGGCCCGGGAGUGGAACGGGGCCGACUGGAGGCUCUACCAGCACUUUAACGCCACAUUUUGGGCCAAGGUGGAGGCAUACGGGUGGACACGGAUGGAGCAGGAAGUGAAGGAGCUGAGGAGGAGGAAUGCAGAAAUGGCUGCCAUGUGCAUUGAGGGUGGGGGAGCAGUGGAGGCUGGGCUGAUUCGGGACACAGAUCUGCUUCCCUGGCAGCCAGUUGGCGAGAACUCCAUCCUGGGUUACAAUUUAAGGAAAAACAUUGACCCCAAAUACAGGGAACUCUGUCGGAAAAUGCUCACACCUGAAAUACAGUACCUAUCAGAGCUAGGGGUCAACUUGUGGCUCACAAGAUUAUGGGGUUGGUUGAAGGAUACUAUAUUCUAGCUUCAAACUAAUUUAUGGGAACAAUUUGGAUUAAUCCUUAAGAGUAUAAGCUGGGGCGGUGGGGGGGUGCUACUAGUAUAAUAUAUGGAAUAGUUUUUUAUGGUCAUACCAAGGAUCAUUUAGCUAUUUGAUUUUAAAUUGUAGAACCCCUUUGGCCUUAAUGCUAUUAGCCCAUAGAAACACAUUGAAUGACAGAUUCAUACAUGGAAAAACAGAUAGUUAAAAAUAAAUCAUAAGGAAGUUUGUUUUAAAGUGUUUGUCCUAUGUCUGUCCUAUAUCAUCAGUGGAGGCUGCUGAUACCAAACACAUGUGAGACUCACAUGUUUGGUACCAAGCACAUCAAACACGUGGUUUCCCUGUGUUUGAUACCAUUCUAUUGACCUCCUUCCAGCCAUUAUUAUGAGCUGUCCUCCCCUCAGCAGCCUCCACUGACUUCCAUACAUUUUUUUCAACUGCUACCGGGCUACCUUCAGACGAGUCCUGUGAGGCUUGUGGGCAUCCUAGAGCAAAACAACAUGUACGUGUUUGUGAGUCUC